CACCGCCUCCACCCCGCCCACCUACCCUCAGGAGGGUCCCUGCUGCGCUCCGCGUCUGGGUCUCCGAGUGCUUUUUGCCAGGGACCCCGGCGACACCUAGCGAUCUCCGGACUAAGACCAGGGGCACAUUCGAACCAGGAGAACGACGUAAGCGGGCGGGACGUGGUGAGCGGUGACGCGGCCCGGGACGUACAGUUUGCGGAGCCGGGAGUCAAAGGGAGGUCGGCGGGCUGGAGAAGCGCCCGUACGAGGCUCGAGGUCGGACCGCAGCGGAUACUGGGGUUUACCUUGGGGUUGACAGGCUUUUGUUUGGAGAAAAGUCCACCCUUGUCCCUUUUCCUCUUGAUUGCGUGGUUUGAGGUAUUUAGAACGCGCUCUUGCAAGGGUAAUACUGUGUUUGUUUUUUGAGACAAGUCUCUUGUUCUCGAAGUGGUCAUGUGGCAAAGGAACUUUAUAGUCCUCCUGUCUCCACUCCCACACCCCCGAGCCACACACCCACACUCCCAGUGCACCACCGCUGCUGGUUUUAUUCGGUGCUGAGGUUGGAACCAGAGCUUGUUCCCUACUGAGCUACCUCCUCCCUAGCCCAGCAUGCUUUUGGCCCAGAGGAGACUCUUCUCCCUUGGCUGCAGAGCAAAGCCCAUAAAGAGAAUUUACUCUUCGAAAGUCCUCCGACUCUCCACUUCUGCCAAAAUGGCUUUGAGAUUCAAAAACGCCAAACGAAUCGAAGGCCUAGAUCGCAAUGUGUGGGUUGAGUUUACUAAGCUGGCUGCGGACCCUUCUGUGGUGAAUCUUGGACAAGGCUUUCCAGAUAUAUCCCCUCCUUCAUACGUAAAAGAAGAAUUAUCCAAGGCUGCAUUUAUUGAUAGCAUGAAUCAAUACACAAGGGGCUUUGGUCAUCCAGCACUUGUGAAAGCUCUAUCCUUCUUAUAUGGAAAGAUUUAUAAACAUCAAAUUGAUCCAAAUGAAGAAAUCCUUGUGACGGUUGGGGGAUACGGAUCUCUCUUUAACUCCAUCCAAGGGCUGGUGGACCCAGGAGAUGAAGUGAUAAUUAUGGUGCCUUUUUACGACUGUUAUGAGCCCAUGGUGAGAAUGGCCGGAGGAGUACCUGUGUUUAUUCCCCUGAGAUCUAAACGUACUGACGGGAUGACGUGGACUAGCUCUGACUGGACAUUCGAUCCUCAAGAACUGGAAAGUAAAUUCAGUUCCAAAACGAAAGCCAUCAUAUUAAAUACUCCACACAACCCCAUCGGCAAGGUGUAUACCAGAGAGGAGCUGCAAGUCAUUGCUGACCUCUGCAUCAAGCACGACACGAUGUGCAUCAGCGAUGAGGUUUAUGAAUGGCUUGUUUAUACUGGACAUAAGCACAUAAAAAUAGCCACUCUUCCAGGUAUGUGGGAGAGAACAAUAACAAUAGGAAGUGCUGGCAAGACAUUCAGUGUGACCGGCUGGAAGCUCGGCUGGAGCAUUGGACCUGGUCACCUGAUAAAACAUUUACAGACUGUCCAGCAAAACAGUUUUUACACUUGUGCAACUCCUUUGCAGGCAGCCUUGGCUGAGGCGUUUUGGAUCGAUAUCAAGCGCAUGGAUGAUCCAGAGUGCUACUUUAAUUCUCUGCCAAAGGAGUUAGAAGUGAAGAGAGAUCGGAUGGUCCACUUACUUAACAGCGUGGGCCUGAAACCCAUUGUUCCUGACGGGGGUUACUUCAUCAUCGCCGACGUGUCUUCCUUAGGUGCUGACCUCUCUGAAGUGAAGAGUGACGAGCCUUAUGACUAUAAGUUUGUGAAGUGGAUGACGAAAAAUAAGAAACUGUCAGCCAUUCCUGUUUCUGCAUUCUGCGACUCCGAUUCUAAACCACACUUUGAGAAGUUGGUGCGGUUUUGCUUUAUUAAAAAAGACAGCACACUGGAUGCUGCCGAAGAAAUCUUCAGGGCAUGGAACAGCCAGAAGUCUUGACUGCUGCCGGUGUGAGGGUUCCAUUUUCUUGCAAGGACUUGCUACUCAGUGCUGCCACCUCAUGGGCACUAAAAAGAAUGGAGUUUCAGGACAAACAUUUAAAUAAACAUUUCCAAAGUUAACCCCA